AUGACGCCUAAUUCUCAGUCGCCGCCAGGCCUGGCGGCCCAUCCGAACCAGAGCCCUGAUGUCGCUGUUGACGGGCGGUCACACGAGAUCCAGAGCUCGGCUGAAGCGGCGCGAUCCGAGGGAUUGGUGCAGUUUCAGCCUGGGAUCGGGGGUGAAGGUGGGAGCUGUGGCAACGGAGGUAGCUGUGGUGGUGGUGGCGGAGAAGGAGGGAAAUGUAGUUGUGGUGGUAGUGGACGAGGUUGUAGUGUUGGAGGAUAUGGAGGACAUGGAAUUGGUAAUGGUGGUGGGGUCGUAGCCGCGGCGGUGCCCAACAACCUGGCCGUCACUUUCUCGGUGGGAAAGACGCAAGAGCAGCAGCAUCAACAGCAGCAGCAGCAGCAUCAGCAGCAAGGAAGACAGCAAGAAUACGCCGACGGCGAUUCAAGGCCGGCGGUGGUGGUGGUGGAGCGUGUCGCAUCACCUCCUGCUGCGACAGCGACUGUGAUCCAUAUCAGACAGCAGAGGCCGCGGUCAAUUGAGUCGUUGGGCGACAUUGAGAAUGUUGGUGGAUCUGGGACAAGAGAGACAUCGUCAUAUGUUUGGCGCGUUUUGGUCUAUCUCGCCUUUAUCAACCCCUUCCUCUGCCUCGUCUGCUCCCUCUACGCCCUCCUCGUCCUCCUCGCCGUCCUUAUAACCUACCCCAUCCGAAGCUUCUUCCUCCCCAAGACACUGGCCACACACCCACCGACGCCAUAUCUUCCACAGCUGCUGUUAGUGCACAUGCGCCUGAUAUAUCCGCAGCCCACGUCGACGCUGCCGUCGCCUGACGACUUUGACCCCGUCCGCCUGGUGCUGGUGCACCUGUUUGGGCCGUUCCUGGCGGGCGUGGUGGCGGCGGCGGGGUGGGUGCUGGUCUUUGUGUGGAUAUAUACCGAGGUGCUGCUCGGGGAGAAGAACGAUGGACGGGGCGCCGAGUAUCGUGCGGUGAUGUUUGUGAAGCGGAAGUGGGAGGAGUGGAUCUUGGUGGCCUUGAAGCCGAAGAGCUUGGAUGGGUAUUAG